UCUAGUUUUCUAAACCACAUUUCUGAGUUGAACAGUAAAACACAAAUGUCAGUCCUACUUUGUGUUGAACAGUCAAACUCAAAUGUCAGUCCUACUUAAUUCUACAGAAAUUUAUCUAUCACAUUCUCAACAUCGGGCCCUCACAAAUAGAAAACGAAAAUAAUGUGGCGUAUACAGAAUAUGCCUAAGAGUAGCCGAAAAUUUCUGCACUAAGUUACUGUGGCUUUAAGGCCAAAGUGGGUAAUGAUUUACAUAUUUACAGUUAAAUUGCAAAGACAGAGAAGACUCAGAUGCGCCCUAGACCAAGAUGAAUCGUGCGGUUUAUACUGCUGUCAAAAAUGGCGACCUUGAUGCUAUUUUAAAAAUUUGCACGGGCAAAACCCUCGACAACUGAAGGAACUUACUUUUGAAGGCAAUACUGUCCUGCACAUCGCUGCGAGGGAAGGCCAUUCGAAGCUGGUUAAAUGGAUUCUUCAAAAUGUGAAAGCUUGUCGUAUGUUUGGAACUCGCAAUGCCGAUCGCAAUACGCCGCUGCACGAAGCUGCUAAGCGGGGAAAUGCUGAGAUAAUUACUACUCUUCUUCACCACAACAAAUGUGCAGCCGCUAAACGCAAUCGUUUUGGAGAGUCAGCUCUGUUAAUAGCUUCAGAGCACGGUCAUGUGGAAGCGGUGAAGCUUUUGGUUAAAACCACACCAGUAUAUAUCAUUCUCUGGCCAACGGAGAACCACCAAACUUGCCUUCACAUUGCUACUUAUGAAGGGCAUUCAGAGAUGGUAGAGUUGAUACUUGAGUAGCCUAAUUUCUGCAACAUUUUGCAGCUCAUUAUGAUUAUUCCUGAUAUUCACGGUGCCAUUCCAUUGCAUUCUGCUGUUCAUGGGGGGAAUGCAAAUAUUUUGAGUCUCAUUGCAAACAAAAGUCUAAGUUGGAGAUUUUGUAUGAAUUGGUUUGACAAGGGAUUAAUGACAAAGAAGGAUAAGUUUGGAAGGUGUGCAGUACAUUUAGCAGCAAUCAAGGGUGAUCAAGAGAUAAUGGAUAAAUUGCUGUCAGAAAUACCAUAUUGUACCGAAAUUCGUAGUAGAGACCUUAAAACUGCUCUACACUUUGCUGUAGAACGAUAGUGAAGAAGCUGCUCCCUCGAGACAAGAUAGAAGAAAUGGCAGAACUAGUGAGAUAUGACCGAGACAUCUCUGAAAAUACAGUGCUACACUUGGCUAUCAUCAAUGGAGGGGAUCCAGAGGUUGGGAAUUAUAUAUAUUUAGAUUUUUUUCCUUUUCAACCAUUAUGAAUUCGAUAUUUUUAUUUUCUAAUGACCUAGACAUUUCUAAGAACACAUUGUUACACUUGACUAGCAGCUUCUUGGAGUCUAAUCCCAACUAUUCCCAUUACUCUCCUCCGUAAUUUUUUUCCCUCUCCCGCUAUCUUCUAUCCUCUUCAUAUCUUUCAUUUGUGUA